AUGCCUCCCGAUAUCGGCGUAAACAUUGUGUGUUGCUACUUCAUGGAAUGCCAGAACGCGCACAAGGUUGGUUACAAGGCGCCAUUAAAAUGCGGUAAUUGCGGCACAGCGCGAUAUUGCAGCAAGGAAUGUCAGCGAGCGCAUUGGAAAAUUCACAAAGCAUUUUGCAAAAACUGGGCCGAAACCGCAAAGCAGAAUAACGCGACCUCUCUCAUUGACGUGAAGAAGAAAAUGACUCGGUUUCUGUGGCUGAUCCGAGGCCUGCCGAGUUACUCGCGAACCCUCUUCGAUGAAUACACCCUUGCCAAACAGAACGGCUUCAAGGGUUGCAUGGAGUUCUUUUUCUCCACCUUCCAGGAGCUCUAUGAGGCGAUCGAUUUUAUAGAGGCGCUACCUGUGGUCGAGGAGAGGAUGUAUUACCCGAUGCCGUAUAACGCAACUUAUCAGAAGGGACCGGAUGGGAUGCCCGUCGGAACAAAGGUGAAGAUGCGAUUGAUUUUUGAAGAACAUAGGAAAGAGUUUGUGGAGAAAGUCGUGGACAAGAGAUUUUUCACGGAGAGCGAUACGAGGGAAAAUCUGCCCAAACUGCUGUCAUAUGUUGGUGAUUCAGAGGACAUAUUCGUCCUCAGCUGCUCGGUGAAGUUGGAAGGGACCUAUGCGACGUAUAGCUAUGAGUUCAUAUACCGGGAGUUUGACGGGUACGAAACUCUGAGGUUGAAGGGCAGCGGUGACGCUCAAGUCUGA